AUGACCCGCUUCUCCAGCUGCAGAAGCAGCAACAAAAACAACAACAACAACACUUUUCUCUUCCUCACAACUCUCCUCUUCACCCUCCUCUCCAUCCUCCUAACCUCCCACACAACUUCUGCCGGCGGCUACACCUUCCAAAACCCCACCGCCGCAACCCGCUGGUCCACCGGCCAACCAGGCCUCAUCACCAUCGUAUCCACUGACGCCGCCAAGGCCGACACACCCACCACCUCCCGUCUCCUCACCAUCACCCUCCGCAUCUCCUCUGGAGGAAUCUUUGGAAGCAGUACUACUGUUGCAGUUAUCAAGGAUGCGUUCCAGUUGCUUGUGCCCGUUGGUUCGACGACAGGAAGUGUGACGCUCACGAUAUCGGAUUGGAUUGUUCCGGCGACCUUGGCCGCGGGGGACAAGUAUACUGUGCACCUUGCUAGGACGAAGGAUGGCUUCUUUGAUAUCCCGGAUAGCGUGGAUUCUCCUACCUUCCAGAUCGUCGCAGCACAGAGCAAAGCCUUCCAACCGGCUUCAGGAACAAGCCCUUGCUCCUGUGGAGCUGCAUUAAUUGUCCCCAACAUCGCCGAGAGUGCCAGCAGUGCUUCUAGUAACAAGAACACGUUCCAGAGCACCGGUGGUCCUACCACCGCCUUGGCUUUCUUGCUCCUCGUCGUCAUGACCUUGUUCUAA